CGCCAUCUCUGCUGUUUCUAAAAUGACACCGUAUGAGGGAGACAUAGUCAAUGGAAUAACAACAACACUGAAUGUUGUCAAAUAUGGAUAGAUAAACUUGUCACUAUUGUCUUAUUUGACUUGUUCAUGUUUUCUCACAGCCCUGUAGGGGGCGACCAAGGUCAAAGUUCGAUUCCAAUUUCCUUAGCUGCUAUUGUCAGUGACAGACUGCAUACAGUAGUGUCAUCUUUACAGAUAUGUUCAGUGUGUUGUCAAGAUUGGUUGCCUGGUACUGUAAACAUCCCCGACUGGAAGCUGUGAUGUACAUGUUCUAGCUUUCAGUAGGGUGUUUGCUGCUCCAUUCUUCCGCAGACUCCUAGACCAGUGUUGUUGUUUGUAGAUCCAGGGCUGCAUUCCAGUCAAAAUUAGCAGCACCUUCUCUUCCUCCCAUCACUUGGAGUAAACCCUCCAGUGAUGUAUGUAUGGCAAAGUGGAUGAGGGAAGCGGUUGCAAGUAAAAGUGGAUCGGGACCACAGGAGGCUGCUGAGGGGAGGAUGGCUCAUAAUAAUGGCCAGAACUGCAUGAAUGGAAUGGCAUACGUUUGCUGUAUUUGAUACCAUUCUGCUCCAGCCAUUACCACAAGCCUGUCCUACCCUGUUAAGAUGCCACCAACCUCAGGUUUGCAUCUGCAUUUAAAUAACUGAAUGUUAUUGUUUGUACAUCUGGUGUUUCCCAGACACGAGUGUGUCUGACCCAAGUGAGUGCGCUUUACUUCCAGUUCUACUGCUGUGGAAACGGAAGUAUCCUAGCUUCUCCAUUCUGAGUGUAGUUACUGUAAACAUCCUACACUCAGCUAUAGCCUGUAUGGAAGGCUGGGGGGAGGGUGUUUACUUUGGCUGGCUUGGACAGCUUCAAUCUGCAUGGAUGGGAUUUAAUGGAUCACUCGUGACGAGAUGGAAAUAUUUAUUUUUGUACGAACAGAGAAGAAGGCUGCAAUUAAUUCCCAUUGGUAGUUUUUUAAAAUGAGAAACCUAACAUGUAGAAGAUGCAAUCAAUGGAUGAUAUGUGGAUGCAUUGUCACCGAUCAAUAAUGACAAUACUGUUUGUUAUUGCAAAAAAAUAAACUUUGCAAAUGUGUAUUGAUUGACUGACUGUUUCUUUUAUUCCUUGGAAUGUUUAAUGUAUAUCACAGUUUAUAGCAUACUAGUAGCCUAACAUUUUUAUGGACCUGGUUGAAAAUGGUAGUGAUUACUGAAGAAAAUGCACAUUCAUUCACAAAUUGAAAUGUUUUGCCAGUUCACACACCUGUAUUCAAAAUCCAUGUAGGCUACAUUAAUUUAAAGCUGAAUUAUUUCAUCACAUUAUUUAUAUAAAUUCGUUUUCUACUGUUACGGGAACAAAUGUAAUAACCAUUGAGCAUAUCUUGGCGUGAGUAACCAAUCAUGAUAUGUCAGAGGAUUUUUGUAAUAAGGAGAGUACUGUACACGAUCCCAUUCAAAAGAAUGGAGUGGAAACCUUUUACAAAUGUAUCAAGGGUAGACUAUGCCUUCUGGUCAUCCCAGCCACUGGGGGAGAACAUCCCAAACCAGCCUGCUUUGCUCUCCACAGGAAGACUUUAUCCGCCAUAUUUGUUGUCGCAGAUUCGCCAGAAACCUUCCUCAAAACAAAUAAAAAUACGAUUUUCAAUUACUUAUUCAAUAAGUAAUGUAGAUAUAAAUAAAUGUACAUGUAACUCUUAGGGUAUUACGUUUUAUUUUACAAACAUGGCGACGUCAACUGCAGGUGGGACUUCCUCCAUCUUCAUGUGUAAACUGUGCAACCUGUUCUCUCCACACCGCGCACAGCUCCUCUCCCAUGUGUCUGAGAAGCACCACACAGAGGGGCUCAACGCUGAUGACAUCAUUGUGGCCCUCAUGCCAUUGACAGCUCCACUGGAGAAUGGUGGAGGUGAGCACCUCCUCAAAGCAGCCAGGGAUACUAAUAGUCGAGAUAGCCCUGUUAAGAGAAAACGAGGACGUCCUAAGGGCUCAACCAAGAAGAUUGUAGCUGAUGGGCCCAUGACAGAGACUACUAGCCCCAACCAGAAAAAGCAGAAACAACAGACAGUAGAGGCUCAAUCAGAAGCUGGGCCAGUGGACGAGGAAGAACCAGAGGACAACAAUGCCCUGGACUGCAAGAAGUGCAACCGUGUGUUCGGCAACAGACGACAGAUCAUGAAACACAUCUGCUUGGUGGACCUCAGAGAGGAUGAGGAUCAGGAGGACAACGACAAAGAGUUUGAGGCUCAACCUGGCGCAGCAGAAGGCAAAGAGGAGGAUCGGGAGAGAAGCUCAAAGAGGCCACGGCCACUCCGCUCUGAGAGGGUUUCUCUUGUGAAGGAGCAGGAACCAGCAGGAGGCCCCAAGAACCCCAUCAUCAGUGUGGUUCUGACCGCUCAUGAGGUACUUCCUGGUGCGACAAGGAUAGUGCCGAUCGAGGCCACCCCGGCAGAGCCAGUUACUCCAGCAGACACAGACCCUCAGGAGGCAGGACAGAAGAGAGGAUUUCAGGAGUAUUCCAUACAACAAGCUGCUUAUGAAGUACCAUUAAAGUCAAACAGAAUAGGACAGACCCAGUUGAAGAUCUUCACCUGCGAAUACUGCAACAAGGUCUUCAAGUUCCGCCACUCGUUGCAGGCCCAUCUGCGAACCCACACCAACGAGAAACCCUUCAAGUGCCCACACUGUGACUACGCCAGUGCCAUCAAAGCCAACCUCAGCGUUCACUUGCGCAAGCACACGGGAGAGAAGUUCAGCUGUGAACACUGCUCCUUCCAGUGCCUCAGCAAGGGCCACCUCAAGGUGCACGUGGAGAGAGUUCACCACAAGAUCAAGCAGCACUGUCUCUUCUGCAAAAAGAAGUACUCUGAUGUCAAAAACCUGCUGAAACACAUGAGGGAGAGCCACGACCUAGAGGACAAGAAGGUGAAGGACUCCUACCAUGAGUAUAGUCUACAGACCAGGGAAGGCAAGAGGCAGCUCCUCUACGACUGCCAGAUCUGCGACCGCAAGUUCAAGAACGAGCUGGACCGUGACCGCCACAUGAUGGUUCACGGUAGCGAGAGGCCGUUCGGCUGCGAGCUGUGUGACCACGGCUGCACCAAGUUUCAGGCUCUCCAGGCUCACGUCCGUAAGCAUCCCUUCCUCUACGUGUGUGCCGCCUGCCAGCAGAAGUUUGUCAGCUCCGUGCGGCUGAAGACCCACCUGAAGGAGGCUCACCCAGAGUCAGAGGAGGCGGUUGGGUUCUCAGAGUCCAUCAACAGCAGCUUCUGUCUGCUGGAGCCGGGGGACGACAUCAAGAGAGAGAUGCUGAGACAGGAUGAGAUCAGGAUGGCUGAGGAGCUAUCUCUACUCAACGCCCAGCAGGAGGAGGAGGAGGCCUUCACUGGUGACCCCUCAGAGGAACAGGAGGAGGCCUUCACUGGUGACCCCUCAGAGGAACAGGAGGAGGCCCUCACUGGUGACCCCUCAGAGGAACAGGAGGAGGCCUUCACUGGUGACCCCUCAGAGGAACAGGAGGAGGCCCUCACUGGUGACCCCUCAGAGGAACAGGAGGAGAGGAACAGGAGGAGGCCUUCACUGGUGACCCUUCAGAGGAACAGGAGGAGGCCUUCACUUGUGACCCUUCAGAGGAACAGGAGGAGGCCCUCGCUGGUGACCCCUCAGAGGAACAGGAGGAGGAGACCCCUCGCUGGUGACCCCUCAGAGGAGCAGGGUGAGGGAGAGGAACAGGAGGAAGGACUGGGAGAGGAACAGGUGGUCCCUGAUCCGGGGCCUGAGGAGACGUGCGUGUUAAAUCAACCUGCACAAGAGACUGAGACUCUACAAGACAAAACUGAGCCAAUCAGUCCUGAACAAACCCAGACAGCAAGCAAAGGCAUGACCCAGGAAGUAAUCAGUGAGGAGAGACCUGAUAAGACACUGAUGGAGGAAGACAAGCCUCAUGGGGAGAAUAACGUCAUUGUGGCUGAACAAGACACUUUGGUAGAAAGGCCUUCAGGCAAGGAGGAGUCAGUGGUGGGCCACCAGCAGCAUCCAGAAGAAGACAAAGGUUCUUCAUCAACAUCACAAGGUCAUGUUGAGGAGACUCUCCGGUCUUUGGUUCUGAUUCAGGGGGAGGUCAUAGGUCAAACAAACGCUUCAGCUGGCCCACAAGGAGAAGAUGGCACGACGGAGGAGAGGAGCGCUUUCCAACAGAUUCUAGAUAAGUUGCAGAAAAGGCAGCUGAACAUGGUUGUCUUUGACAGAAUCCGAAAAGUAUACGGGGACCUGGAAUGUGAAUACUGUGGAAAGCUCUUCUGGUACCAAGUGCACUACAACAUGCAUGUGCGUACUCACACAAAAGAGCAUCUACAUUACUGUACCCAGUGCAGCUAUUCGUCCAUCACCAAGAACUGUCUGAAGCGACACCUGAUCCAGAGACACAGUAACAUCCUGCUCCAGUGCCCCAUGGAACACUGUCAGUACUGCACACCUGACAAGUACAAGCUGCAGGCCCACCUCAAAACACACUUUGACAAUGAGAAGAAAAGCUUUGCUUGCCCUGUGUGUGAGGAAACGUUCACUGAAGAUAAACUUAAGCAUCAUAUCAAGAGCUUUCAUCCAGAUACGCCGAUGAACACCAUCUCCGAGGCGCUUGGGGUGAGGGUGCAGAUGAAGGGCUUGAUCGGGAAGAGAGCGUCUAAGUGUCCUUACUGUGACAGCUACUUCAUGAGGAACGGAGCUGAUCUGCAGCAGCACAUCUGGGCUCACCAAGGUAGGACACCCUUCAAGUGUUCCCUGUGUGACUACGCCAGCCGCAGUAAGAGCAACCUGAAGGCCCACAUGAGCAGACACACCACGGAGAAGAAGCACCUGUGUGACAUGUGUGGCAAGAAGUUCAAGUCCAAGGUCACUCUGAAGAGCCACAAGCUGAUGCACACAGAGGACGGCAAGCAGUUCCAGUGUACAGAGUGUGAUUACAGCGCUGCACAGAAACCUCUACUGGUACGACACAUGGAGCAGCACGCCUCUUUCAAGCCCUACCGCUGCGGCCACUGUCACUACUCCUGUAACAUAGCAGUGAGUCUGAAGAGACAUUACAGCAAGAAGCACCCCAACCAGGAGUACUGUAACGCAGGGCCUGGGCCAGCCACCUCUGAGGCUGUGGAACAGCAAGGUGGAGUGAAGUGUCCUGUGUGUGACUAUGUGUACGGUACCAAGUGGGAGAUGAACAGACACCUGAAGAACAAGCAUGGCCUCAAAGUGAUUCAGAGUGAUGUGCUUGGUCUCAACCAAUGGGAGGUGGUGGAACAGUCGGUGGAGGAGCCCCUUACCCAGUACCUCCACAUCACUGAGACAGAGGACCCUCAGGGGACCGAAGCUGCCGUGUCGGCCCUCCAGGAUCUCAGGUUCACAGAGAACGGGGUGGUGGCGACCACCACAGAAGGGCUGGAUCCCACAGCGGUUAACAUCCUGCAGCAGAUCAUUGAGCUGGGGGCAGAGUCUAAUGAUGCCACAGCAGCCUCCAUGGUGGCCAUGGUCCCUGGCAGAGUGACUGUGGUGGAGCAGGUGGCUGAGGAGGAGGAGCAGGGGAGCCACACUGUGAUGAUCCAGGACCCCUUCCAGCAGGCAGCCUCCAUGGGGCUGGGUGAGGAGCACCAUCUGGUGGUGUCGUCUGAUGAUGUGGAGGGCAUGGAGACGGUCACCGUGUACACUCAGGGAGAGGACGCCUCCCAGUUCAUCGUCUAUGUCCAAGAGGCUGUGCAGACCGAGGAGCAUACUGUGGAAUCUAUCUGAGCAGGACAGAGCGUUGGUGCAGGCAUGGAGGAGCAGUCAACAGUUUCAUCCCGGGUCAUUCAGUAGGUGGAAGACAUUUUUAACACGGGGAGAUAUUACCUGAACUUGUCCAAUUAGAACACAGAUGUAUUGUUCCGUUGCUAGACAUUUUUCUACAGUGUGUCCUAAUGAACUCCACCCUGGCUUGCUCUAUGAAACCCACAACCAAUCUCCAAUGGCUUUGAUUGGAAUAACAUAGUGGCUUGAAAUGUAUCAUUUCAUCGCUUAUGCCUUUUCUCCGUGAUUAGCAUAUCCUUACGUUAAUUCAACUUAAUAUAUCAAAAGGUUUUUCUUAGAAAACAAGAAUUUGGAAUGUACUUUUUAUACAAGUGUAUAAUUCAAAUAUUCCUGGCGUGAUUCAAUCUGUAACGCUGUGGACAAUGAGCCUUUGUUACCGCGUUCACAGAGAUCACAUUCAAGGCAAACGCCUUAAAUCGGAAAUGACCUUUUAAAAUAUCAAGAGCCUUUUCAGAUUGCGUCUCGGCCUUUUACUUAACUUACAACAUAGUUGCAGUUUCCGCAUGAUGUGCCUUUAAUGUUUACAACGGAUCAUUUACAGGACUGGAUUGGUGAUCAUGUUUUUCUAUAUACACCCCCCCACCCCAAUCCUGUUGACUAAUAUUUCUACACCUAUUGGAAUGGUAGUCCAUGAACAAUUAAACAUAUCAUGACA